CGGGUUGCGUAGCAGCAGGACUGGGAGAGCGGUAGUGGCGUCAGGUUCUGUCAGGGAGGAACGGAGAGACGGAGUGCUCUGUCUUUGGAGUCUCCCUGCCCCAGGGGAGGCGGUGUCCGCUCCGUUGGGGUCGGGACACGUUACGUGCGUGGUGUCGGUGAUGAGCGAUGGGGUAUGAUGUAACACGCUUCCAGGGUGAUGUGGACGAGGAUCUUAUAUGCCCCAUCUGCAGUGGGGUCCUGGAGGAGCCAGUCCAAGCUCCUCACUGUGAGCACGCCUUCUGCAAUGCCUGCAUCACCCAGUGGUUCUCACAGCAGCAGACCUGUCCGGUGGACCGCAGUGUUGUGACAGUCGCCCACCUGCGCCCAGUUCCCCGCAUCAUGCGGAAUAUGCUCUCCAAGCUGCAGAUUACAUGCGACAACGCAAUUUUCGGCUGUACAACCAUUGUGCGACUUGACAACCUCAUGUCUCACCUUAACGACUGUGAACAUAACCCAAAGCGACCGGUGACAUGCGAGCAGGGAUGCGGUCUGGAAAUGCCCAAAGAUGAACUACCAAACCACAACUGCAUAAAGCACCUCCGCUCUGUAGUGCAGCAGCAGCAGACCAGGAUAGGGGAGCUGGAGAAAGCGGCUGCUGAGAGCAAGCAUCAGCUGGCAGAGCAGAAACGUGACAUCCAGCUGCUGAAGGCCUAUAUGCGAGCGAUUCGUAGUGCCAAUCCAAAUCUUCAAAAUUUAGAGGAGACAAUAGAAUACAAUGAAAUACUUGAGUGGGUGAACUCCUUACAACCAGCACGAGUGACCAGAUGGGGUGGCAUGAUCUCCACGCCAGAUGCAGUGCUACAGGCGGUUAUUAAGCGAUCACUUGUGGAAAGCGGCUGCCCAGCUUCUAUUGUUAAUGAGUUAAUCGAGAAUGCCCAUGAGCGCAAUUGGCCACAAGGCCUGGCAACUCUUGAGACACGGCAGAUGAACAGACGGUAUUACGAGAACUAUGUUGCAAAAAGGAUUCCUGGAAAGCAGGCUGUAGUGGUGAUGGCCUGCGAAAAUCGGCAUAUGGGGGACGACAUGGUUCUGGAACCCGGUCUUGUGAUGAUCUUUGCUCACGGUGUUGAAGAAAUUUAGGUGCAUAUCCUCCGAAUAUACACUCCCUUUGGCUCCUCCAUUUGCUUCAUCCUCCCUUGGAAGCAGGGUGUUUCAUUGCAAGAAAACAAUUCCCAUAUACAAGUUUCCAAACCCCACUCACGCCACUGGUGCCUACUGGUAAAGUGCUGGGUGAUACCUUGCCUUUGUUGGCUGUAUGUAAGAAACUUCCAAGCAGAUUAAUUUGGGGUGGUGUUAUGCAGUACACUCUUUCCCCUAGAUGCUGGGUUUGCUGGUAGGCUUUAUUCAUGAAUAUAGGGCAGCAGACAUUGACUUUGCAAAGACUUAAUGCAUAAAGCUAUUAAUGGGUCGUAUACACCAGGAGCAUUCGGUAUUGUGAAAGAAUUAAGGGCAUUUCAAGGAGACGGUGCAGAGGCACAGGCUCUAUAAUCACUGGUGUAUGCGCAAGCAAAACAAUCCUACGACUUGAACUUGGACUCAUGCAGGCCUGUUUGGAUUUGGGCCUUGUGGGAAGAGUUUGGGGAUGGGGCUAGAAGAAAGUAGAUAUUUUUUUAAUCCCUAUGUCACUUAGUCUAUUUGGCGGUAGAAUAAUGCACUCAUUAUACUGAUGCCUGCAUUUCACCCGAGGUCAUAAAUUGCCAUGGUUAGAGACGUUGCGAGUGCCACACUGAAGCUACAUACAAGUGUCCAGUCGGUCACACGACUCCAUAUUGCCUCCCGCACAAUUAGAAGCUCUGUGGUUCUGGUUGGAGGCAUGUAAAUCCCAGCACUCAUAACCUUAACGUUUUGUUUCUUUUCUGGAGACCAUGAAAAACACUAACAUUGCAGCACACAUUUAAAAAAAUGGAAGUGGAAUAAAUGCAGGCAACUUGAAGUUGUGUUUUGUAUUGUGAACGUGUAUGGUAGAUAUUGUUGUGUUUAUAUUCAUUACGUUGUUUGUUUCGCAUGUUUACCCCUAUCUUUAAAGUGCCCGGGACCUAGACAACGGUUUAGAUAUUGACACUAGUGAUCUUUCAUUAAUUUGCCAUGUUUGUUCCUUGAGUGUGGCGAGUAUGCUGCGGACUACGUGCAGGAGCCCUGGAAUUCUGCUAAUUCCUUCCUGAAAAAAAUAUAAUGGUGAAGAGGCAAAAACUGCCCGUUCUCCCAAACCUGCAGGUUAUUCUUGGCAACACUCCCGCUCCUGUGUGAACCAGAACUGUCUCUGUGACUAUUUGUUCAUUCACAUUUGAAAGCUUUAUGCAUUUUUUUAUUUUUGAUGUCCAUGAUUGAUAGUUGUGCUUCAGUAUGUUUUGUAUUUUGUUUGUGUUCUAUUUGUCUGUUUUAUUUCCUGUCUCUUUUUUAAAAAAACUAAAAUAUACAUAAAAUAUAUGUUGGCA